CCCGGCUGCACCGUGCGCGUGCCCGUCAUCAGUGGACGGUUAUGCGGUGCAGAAAUCAAGGAGGAGAAACCGCGCUGGCUGAGCCGGAAAAUCGGAAGUGACUUUCAAAAGAGACCUAUCUCAUUCGUUUUUACUUUUUUUUUACUUUUUACCUGGCUGUGUCAUCAGGCAGAUGGGAAACCCUUCAUAUCAGAAGAUGGCAAGUGGAUCAAAUUGGUGUUAGUUCCAGUGGGUCAUCAAUUUUGUCUUGUGUGUCGCUGUGGACGAAGUCUCUAAGCUGCAAAAGUGACGUCAGUCUGCACAAAAGUGUGAGAUCGCGUGUCUCAUCCAACAAUUUGUCCUGCUGAGGAGCUGCUCAGGACUGUUUUACAGCUCCAUACUUGGGGCAGAGACAGUGCCCCCACUCUCCUGCCAAAAUGGUGCUGUCACAGAGACAACGAGAUGAACUAAAUCGAGCAAUAGCAGAUUAUUUGCGCUCUAAUGGCUAUGAAGAAGCAUAUUCUGUCUUUAAGAAGGAGACAGAGAUGGAUAUGAAUGAAGAGUUGGAUAAGAAGUAUGCAGGCCUUUUGGAAAAAAAAUGGACUUCAGUCAUCAGAUUACAAAAAAAGGUAAUGGAGCUGGAGUCCAAAUUAAAUGAAGCUACGGCAGAGAUCACUUUAGGAGGCCCCAUGGGACAGAAACGAGACCCCAAAGAGUGGAUCCCACGCCCGCCUGAGAAGUACGCCCUCAGCGGCCACAGAAGCCCUGUCACACGUGUCAUCUUCCACCCUGUGUUCAGCCUCAUGGUCUCCGCCUCAGAGGAUGCCACUAUAAAGGUUUGGGACUACGAGGCUGGGGAUUUCGAGCGCACCCUGAAGGGUCACACUGACUCAGUGCAGGACAUCUCCUUUGAUCAGACUGGAAAACUGCUGGCUUCUUGUUCUGCAGAUAUGACCAUCAAACUCUGGGACUUCCAGGGCUUUGAGUGCAUCAGGACCAUGCACGGACAUGAUCAUAAUGUGUCGUCAGUUGCCAUAAUGCCCAACGGUGAUCACAUAGUGUCUGCUUCCAGGGAUAAGACCAUUAAAAUGUGGGAGGUGGCCACAGGUUACUGUGUGAAGACGUUCACGGGUCACAGGGAGUGGGUGCGUAUGGUCCGGCCAAAUCAAGAUGGUACACUGUUGGCCAGCUGCUCUAAUGACCAGACGGUGCGUGUGUGGGUGGUGGCCAACAAGGAGUGCAAGGCAGAGCUGCGGGAGCACGAGCACGUGGUGGAGUGCAUUUCCUGGGCCCCUGAGAGCGCACACCCCACCAUAUCUGAGGCUACAGGUUCUGAGAACAAGAAAAGUGGAAAGCCUGGGCCAUUCCUGUUAUCUGGGUCCAGAGACAAGACCAUUAAAAUGUGGGACAUAAGUACUGGCAUGUGCCUUAUGACACUGGUCGGUCAUGAUAACUGGGUGCGUGGAUUGCUGUUCCAUCCUGGUGGGAGAUUUGUAGUGAGCUGCGCUGAUGACAAGACCCUUCGUAUCUGGGACUAUAAGAACAAGCGCUGCAUGAAGACCCUGAGUGCCCAUGAACACUUUGUUACCUCUCUGGAUUUCCACAAGACUUCUCCUUAUGUGGUGACAGGAAGUGUUGAUCAAACGGUUAAAGUGUGGGAAUGUCGCUGAUCGCCAUAGGAUCCGCCUCUUCCCACUUUGGCCACUCCCACACCUGCUCUUCAGGAUGCACUCAUUACUAUGGUUACCACCUCAUCCAGCUCUCUUCUAAUAACUAUUGUCCUUUUAUGUAAAUUACUCUGGAUGUAGUUUGAGCUUAUUAAAUGUUACACAAGACACUCACAAGGAAAAAAAAGAAAUAAGUAAAAUGUAAUACAAGUAUUCUUGCAUGGUUAAUCCAAACCUCGUAUACUGUAAAUUUUUGCUUCUCCUCAUCUAAAGUAUGGUAGGGAUGCAGAGCACAGGUGUUGCUCUCGCCUCAAGCGUUUAUGAACAGAAGGCAGAAUGAUGCUGUUUGGGGAAUUCAGGAUACAGGGCUCUCAAAACCGUUCGGUUGGACAUUUACGUUUUCUGUCUUGAUGAUUGUCACAUUCUGCUUUAAAAAAAGAAAGACUUUUAAACAUUUAAACUGACUGAAGACGAACAGCUUGACUUGUCUGUUCUGGGGGUCUGUAAUGUAAUUUAACCAUAUAACGCCUGGAUGCUUAGUUCUCUCGUUCUCGUCACUUUAAGAAGCGUUAACCACUUCAGUUCACAUUAGUGAACCAUUCUCAUCCACAGCUCAUCCAUAAAGUCAGUUUCCAUUCUAAAAACCAAUUUGAGACCCUUUGACGUAAUUUUGGCAAAUCUACAUGCGAUCCCCAGAAAACACAAUACACAAAAGGAUUGCUUUUAAAAGGACAUGGAUCGGUAAAGUGCACUUGUCCCUGGAAACAUAGGGUUUACAUUUUGUUUCUCUUUCUCUUUUUUUUGUUUUUGUUUACAAAGGAUAUAAUUCUGACACUUUGACAUACUUUAUUUACUGAUAGAAAGCAAGUGAAGUGCCAUUUUCUUCAUUCUCCAUUGCACACAUCCACCAUUUUCAGGGCUGCAUUCAACUUUUGGGACAAGGCACUCCACACAAAUGCAGCUACAUCUCAUCCAGUCUGAUUUAGUACUUCUGCUACUCCCAGAUUUCACUCUGACUGCCACAUUCUGCCUCCCUAUUCUCAACAACGAGAAAUACCCUGCGUCACUGUUAUAGCGCUUUCAUUGCUUAGUCAUUCUGCUGCUUGCUUGCACCAUUUGCUGCCUGUCUGCGUGUUUAUGAAGACUUCAGGAGACAUUGCCCAUACAGGCCUUUUGGCGUACUCUGUGGUACUGCUCCGUGACCUUGUGCAGAUGAGCUAUCUAGUCAGUCUCUCUUGAUUCAGGGAGGUUUUCAGCAUUGCAGAGGAAGCCACUUUCCUGGACCUUGUGGAGUCUGUGGAUGACACCUCCACCGUAGAUCGACGUGCAAUAUCUAUAGGCUGCUCUGUGUGUUAACUAUAAAGGUGUGCAUGUGUUUUCCACGAACACAUUUAUAGGAAGAUAGCCUCCUGAUCAGAAUAAUGAGGCCGACAAACGGAGCGAGUUUGAAAAUUUCUCUACUGGCUGCCGUACAAGGCAACAAUUAGUAACUUAAAAGACUACAUCAGUGGUGAGUAGUUUGCUGUGCUUGCUGGUCCAACAGUCAUGUAUGCCCAACCACUGCCAUCCCAAAGCUUUGUAUGUAGAAUCUUUGGAUGUGUGUGUGGACGUCACUUCCUGUCUGUGAGCACACAGCAGACUGAUUCCAGCUAUUCGCUUUCUCUGCCUUGUUAAUGUACUGAGAAUCCCUAAUAUCGAGGACCUCAUUCUGCUUUUUGUGGUCUCACUGUUGACACAUACUCGUGCGCUCACAUAAGUAACUGUCCACCAGUAUAUCUUGAUGUCAUUGUUUGCAACAUAAUUAAAAUAAUAAAAUAUCUGUAAAUAUA